AUGGGUAAUAAAUAAGGAUCGGAAUUUGGAGGCAUUAUGUUGAGAACAAAAAAAACCAUUUAUUUUUCUGGAGAAUUUGUAAAAUGUAAAUUAUCUACUAUUUUAGGAAAUAUAUACCUUCACAUUAUAAAAUCAGGUUAUCAUGGAAACGUCGUUUAAUUUUCAAUAGUUGGAAAAGAGAAAACUGAAUGGGAAGUUAGUAUUGGGAAAGGCGGUACUACACAUCAUGGGAAAAAUGUAUUUUACGAAGACUCCUUUGUUAUAAAUACAUAUUUAAACGAAAACUUAAUGGUUGGACAAUUUGUUUUUCCUUUUGAAUUAGAACUUCCAUUAGAUCUACUUGGAUCUUUCUAUCAUUCGUAUGGUCUCCUUGCAAGUGUAGGCUACAAAAUCAAAGUUCGAAUAAUAUCGAACUCUAAAUCAGUUAAUAAUAUCAAGAAUGAAUAAGAAAUUAUCAUUAGAGAACCAAUUUAAGAAAUAUUAUAAGCUUCUUCAGAAAAAGUGACUUCUAAUCUGACAACAUGGUGUUGUAAAUAACAAGUAUUUUGUUCGAUAACCUCAAAAGCAGAGAAAAAUUUAUAUUAAUCAGGAGAACUUUUUAACUUAACCUAUGAUAUUGAUAAUUCAUAUUGUAUGCUUAAUCUUGAAAAAGAUGAUGUGAUUAUAAUGAGUAGACUAAUCAUCCGAUCUAAUUCAGGUGCUUAAAAGAGGUAAGAAGUAAAUUAAACUCCGUAUCUCGGAGUGGAAUAUAAAAAGGAAUGA